CAGCGCGCACUGCCGUGCUGAGGCGGUUGGCUGCGCGCAGAAUUCUGGUACCUUGAGGAGGCGGUGCAUGCCUGGGCAGGCCACGCGCCUGCGAGUGGUGUUUUUGGAAAUGCCCCGUGGCGGUAACACUCGCGGCCGGAAGAAAAAAAGAGAUUGGGAUACAGGAUACCCAUCCUUUCCAGGAGAGAAUUCACUGCAGUUUAAAAGAGCACAUCUCAGGACAGUGGGGACAGCUGCUUCCCUCUCUGAAGCAUGGCUCAGGUGUGAAGAAGGAUUUCAGGAUACUUCAGGCACUCUGUCUUUAACAGCUGAAAAGAAGACUAUUACAGAAAAGCACCUUGAAUUAAUCACUAGAUCCAAGAAAGAAACCACCACAUCUAAGAGUACCAGUGGGCUUAUGGAUAUAACAUGGAGUUCCAGUGGAAGUGAUCAAUCAGAUGAAGGUAAAACACUUUUUGAAUCACAGAGAGAUAAACUACAGUUCGUUGAUUGGGAGAGUGACAGUGAAUAUAAUGAAUUUGAAGAUGGUGAGAGUGCUGUGGAAAUAUCAGACUGUGCUUCAUGUGCAAGCAGUCAUUCUUCGACAAGUGAAGAGAGGGUGUCUGAGCUUCCUAAGACAUGUUCUACAGAAAUUUUGGAGUAUUCAUCAGAUAGUGAAAACAAAGAUGAUUCAAAGAAUAUCCUGUGCAUUGAUUCAGAAUCCUCUCACAAAUAUCACAUGGAUUUUGGAUCACAUGGAAGACAGGUUAUGGAAAGAUUGAUAAACCCAAGGGUGAAAUCUACAGAGAGCAUUUUGUAUACACCCCAGAGACAGACGAAGUUUCCCAGGACUGCUGAAAAUUCAGCAAAGAAGAAUAAACUUUUAAGAGGUGGACUAGCAGAAAGACUAAAUGGACUGCAGAAUCGGGAGAGAUCUGCUGUUUCUUUGUGGAGACAUCAGUGUGUUUCUUACCAAGGGGGACUUUUAGGUAGAUCUGGUAUAUUAACUGUGAAAAUUCUGGAGCUGCAUGAGGAAUGCACCAUCCAAGUUGCCAUGUGUGAACAGCUAGCGGGGCUACAGGCUGAGAGCUCUUUUCAAGGCAAGGCCCCUGGGACUGGCCUAAAGGUUCUCUUCACCAAGGAAACUGCAUACUACCUCAGGGCACAUCCCCAAGACAUUAUCCACAUCUACCCUCCCUGGCAAAAACUUAUUAUCCCAAACAGAAGUUGCCCUGUUAUUCUGAAUACUUACUUUUGUCAGAAAGUUGUUGCCAAAGAAGAUUUAAGAGCAACACAUGAAGUGCACCGUUGGGACAUACCCCUUCCAAGAAGAAGCAUCACUUUGGCCCAGAUGUUUAGAUUUGAUCUAACAAAUAAUUCAUCUGAAAUCCAGUGUUCUGCCUUUGCUUUAGAGAAUUACCUAAGAAUGUCAAUAUUUUGGUUGUGUAGUCUUCUCACCACCAUGGGGACAAACUGGACCCAUAGGCAUGAAGAAGCAAAACAGCACUUCUCACCCCAAGCUCCCCUGAGGGAUUCUCUCCUGGAUGCAGUAGAAACAUGGUCAGGAGUUGGAGUCCUAGUAGUGGUGCAGAGAGUUUAUUCUCUUCCCUACAGGUAUCAUCAGGGAGGUAGUUCAGCUACUCCAUCCAGCUCACACCUACCUAGAGUUCAGGAGCCUCAAGCCUGGAACUUCCACCUAGGUUUGGAUAUUCCAGAAGAACCACCAGGAAGACCAAAGUGGAAUUUGACAAGGAAUCUUCAGAUUGAACUUAAAAGGCCUCUCAAUGCCAGAAAAGCCAAGGCAAGCACUUGCCCUCAAAGGAUGCCUGCAAUACCUAUAGGUUUUGGAGUCUGCCUUCUCAUGCAAGAUGCCUGUGGAAUGGUCAGUGAAGUGCACUCAGAGUGCACCAUCUUGAAGGACAGACAGUUGAAAGGGAAAUCCUGCAGUCUGUCAGGGAUGAAGUUUCCAUAGAAGGCCACAAGAGGAAGGACAGCAGGGCUUUUAAGUUUGAUUGACACUACGUGACCUCCAGUGAUGCCUCUGAAAGCAUCUGGCCACAGCCAGGCCUGUGAAGAGGUAAAAACUCAUCUGCCUCCUCCUAGCUUCUGCUACAUUAUCCUUCUUACUGCUCAUCCAAAUCUGGGACAAAUUUAUGUAAUUGGAGACGACUCCAUUUCUAAGCUUUACCAAGCUCCAGUUUCCCACUUCUUAAGAGAAAUUCUCCAGACUGACGAUCUUGCUAACCAUUGUAGUUUCUCUGCCAGAAUGAUUUAUCAAAGAUUACAGCUAAACAGUUUGCUUCUUCUGGAGCAAAGGGAGAUUUGGCUGACAGUGACUGAUGUCGCCCUGCAAAUGCAGAAUGAAAAUAACUCUGGUCUCCCUAAAACCAUUCCGGUCUGUGUGUCUUCCUAAUGUGUGCUGGGCCAGGAAGUCCUGGAAAUGCUCACCAAGGCUGCCCUUCACAGCUUUUUCUUCAGAGAUGCUCUCCAAGACCAGGGUAAGAUUGUUUGUGUUGAACGAACUGUCCUCUUGCUUCCAAAGUCCCUUUUGGAUGUGGUCUCUAGUGCUCACUCCUGGGUGCUGCCUGACCCUGUGAAACUUGAUGAACUGGGUUAUAUCACUCAGGUCAACUCCAUUUGCAGCAUUUAAGGCACUGUGAUUGGUGUGGAUGAAAGCACUGCUUUCUCAUGGCCUACGUGUGACCUGUGUGGCAAUGAGAGAUUGGAAUAGAGCCCAGAAGACAUAGGCACCUUUUCCUGUGAGGACUGCUCUCAUUUGGUCACCUCUCCUUUUCUCAGAAGGCACCUGCAGGUCUUCCUGGACUAUCUCUCUCGACUCCAGCGCACAGUGAGGGUCAAGCUGGUGCAGAGCAGUAUCUCUUCACUCCUGAGGUUUGCCGCCUGUGAGGAUGGGGUAACAUGCCUUUUAUCACCGCACAGUUAUGAAGCGAAGAGUGUCCUUGGAAAGGAGGUGGAGUUGUUAAAUUGUUUUGUUCAGUCCAUAACCACCUAUCCGACUAGCUGCAUUGGAUUGGAGGAAAUUGAGCUUCCAAGUUCAGGAAAAGCCUUUUCAGAUUGUCAUCGGUUGCCAUGGGAAUCUGUGAACUUUGCAAUGUGCUGCAAGGGUGGUGGUGGUGGUUUUUGGUAGUUAUUUGUUAACUACGGACAAAGUGAAUGUAUUUUAUGACCUUGAAAUGGAACAAGAUUUUUCUAGGGCAAAUGUUAAAUGGUUUUGUAAAUUAGAAAUCAAAAUACAUUUUUUGUAGUUAUAUAUUUUUAUUACCUUUCUGCAAACUUAAGAACAUAGCUGUUAAUAAAGCUCAUAUAAGCUUGAGGUCUUCAUUUUGCAUUUAUCUUAGGCAAUAAUAUGAAAGUAGCAGGAAAAACUGAAUUGUAAUUUUAAAGGUUUACAAAACUUAAACCUUCGUCCUAUAUUGUGAUAUUACUGUUUUCCUGUAAUAAAUGUCCAACCUAA